AUGGAACAUCAAAUAAGAAAUCGUCUCGUACAAAAAGAAUAUGUUUGUAGAGUCGAAGGAGAAUUUCCAAGCGGACAAAUUGAAUGCAGCGAACCAAUAGAAGUAGUUAGCUACAAAAUAGGAGUAUGUAAGGUAUCUAGCAAAGGUAAAUCCUGCAGUACGACGUUUGAAAAAUUAGGUUACAGUUCUUCUACCAAUACCAGUAUUGUUUUAUGUAAACCUCACACGGGAAGAAUGCAUCAAAUCAGGGUCCAUUUGCAAUAUUUAGGUUAUCCUGUUGUCAAUGACCCAUUGUAUAAUCACACCGUAUUCGGUCCCGAAAAGGGUAAAGGUGGAAACAUUGGUAAAAAUGACGAAGAACUCAUACACGAUUUAAUAAAUAUUCACAAUGCUGAAAAUUGGUUGGGUAUGGAAGGUGAUUCGGAAUUGAGUAUGUUUAAAACAAGAUCUGAUUUGGAUGAAAGUUUAAAUUCAAUAAAUAGAAAAGGUUCUUCAUCUCCUGUCGAUGAUGAAAAUGAUGGAAGUAGAGAACCAUCUCCAUGCGGUGGUGAAAAUUCACCAUCCCGAUGCAGUAUCGGUUCGCCGGUGAGUUUAGCUCAAGGUUCGCCAUCAACACCAAGCGGCGGUGCAGUUGUGAGAGUUAGUAAAGUAACAGUAGCCACGCAAACCGGUCAUGAAGCUCCCGAUUUAACUUUUCAAUCAGAAAAAAUGACGACGGAUCAACAUUGUUAUGAAUGCAAAGUCAGAUAUAGAGAUCCGAAACCGAAAGAUCUUGUCAUGUAUCUUCACGCAUGGAAAUACCGGGGUCCCGGUUGGGAAUAUGAAACGGAAUUACCGGAUUGGGCAAAAAUCGAUUGGGUAGAACCCGAAGAAUAG